AGUUGCUUUCUCUGUCAUAAACCCUGUUUCAGCGGGACAUAGUCAUCAUAUGUCACCAUCCUAGGAUGAAUUGCACAACUGCGCGUUGUCAUCAUUUUGGCCAUCUGAAUGAUGGUGAUUAAUAUUGGCAGAACAACGCUGACAACGAAAGAAAUGUCGCAUUUUGGUUAUGAAAUGUGCAUAUAAAGCAGACAUCCACCAUCGACAGCGCUGACGCUCCGCUGUAACCAAAGUAGCCGGUCAAAAUACUCUUCGCGCAUCGUCCGUUGUUGUUCAACAAUGUCGUCGGAGAUUGUGGUACGAAACCACCGGUCUCCAAUGGUGAACUGCGCAUACGAAUACAAGGCGUUCAUAGACGGAAAGGUGUGAAAUCGAUCAUACCUGCCAGGCGAAGAACUCGAGGCGCCAAAUCAGACGUGCGGGGAAAUAAAAGGUUUAGAUGCGGUGAAUGCAGAUAUUUGGCAGAUCCUCAAAUACACACAGCGGACCUGUCCCGCUGGCCAAGAACGUACAUGUGCCGCCUCCAUUUCUCGGAGUGACACGGUUACUCUUCCAUUCCUCUCGUUCCGGAGAAGAGCGUGUCCCGCAAGGUAUAACUUCUUGUGUUCAUUCCGAUCACAGCUUACUCGGUUUGCGAGCACAUUCGACGGAAAGAGUGGUAAUUGCGCUCCAAGUACAAUUAUGCUUGCAGUGAAGACAGCUUCUAGAAGACCACCUCCGACGCCGCAGUAGUGGGUGUGGAUGCCGAUAGCGAAGUUAACAUGUGCUCUGUACGAUCGAUUUGGUUAGGGAGACAGCUUCUAGAAGACACGACCAACACCGUAGCAGGGUUUACGGAUACCAAUAUCUUCUACAAACAGCAAGCUAGCAUGUGCUCUUCACGAUCGGUUCGAUGAAGUUCGCAAAAAUACAAUGUGCGAUUGACGAGAACUAGAUUGUUAGACAGCGAUGUCUACGACCAAAGCACCGGUUCCGCGUAUGCCUUUAGCUGCAUAUAUGCACGUAUAUUUCUGACUCGUGAGGGAAACGGACCGCCCCGGGCACCAUGAAGGAGGCCGUGUUGGUUCCCAAGGUCCACAAGUGACGACGUCGCUUAGCCCGAGGAAGUGAAAUAUAUAGUCCCUCGUCAUUCCUCUUUUCCGUCUUCUGACGACAUUUCAUUGGCAGGAGUCCACAUGUCGCGGUGGCGCGGAAGGUAUAAUGAAGUCAUUACUCAAUGUUCAAUGGUUCAAUCAUUGAACAACGAAGGGUUCAGCACCCGAGACCCGCAGGUCAGGUCAGGAGGAAUGACCUCUUACAAGUCAAUGAAUGACUCGGUUCCAGCGGGAGAACUCCGUCACGGCAUUCGUACACGAACAAAGACGAAACGAACAUUCCAACUUCACACUUCUAUUGGCAGUUCCUGAGAACGCACUCAUGCGAGCUCCGCGAGCAUAUGAAUCGCUCAAAAAGGCGAUUAGCCCCUUACUCUUUCUUCAUGUGUGUGUAGUUUAUUACCGUAAUCAGACUCCGAGGAGCAGAUAGCCCGUAUCGGAUUGAAGACGC